GCAAUUGUAGUUUAAUUAACCAUCAUGAAGUCCGGUUCUAUUCUAUAUUGAGCGUCUGUAGUCUUCUUUUUUUUUUUUUCCAGCAAUAUUAAGAUUUGCAUGUAUUAUCGGUUGCAGUAACGUACACUGAUACAAGUUUAAUCUAUUAUGUUGGGUAUUUAGUACGUUGAGACUGUUGGAUAUUGUUUGCCUGUUAGUUUGGUGUUGGUCAGAUUCAACAAUUAACAUUUGUGUCGAGAACAAUCGUCUUUCGUUUGUUGUCGCCUCGCGCAAUCAUAUUGUUGUUAUCAUUAUGUGGUUAGGUAAGAGUCAAGAAUGACGGCUUGUUGACGUUUUGAGGUGAUUUUUACUUCGUAACGAGAACGACCAUUUGAGAAAUGUUUGUGUUAUCAAGUUCCUGAAAUAAUACGUUCGGAUCAUUUUGGUCUUGGCUGUGAUUUAGCAGAAAUUGAGCAAUUUUUCCGUCUGCUGGUAAUAUGUAAAUAAUAAUCAAAUCGAACAAUGCAACCAUUAGCUUCGUUUCUAUCAAAAGAAGUUCACUGGCUUUGUUUGAUAGAAACCAAACAUGGAUGCCUAUUGUACGCAUAAUUUUCAGAGUCGAAACAAAAAUCUAUUGACAACGAUAAACACAAAUCGUAAUAUUUUAACCACGAAGUGAAAUUUACAUCUUGAAAUUUACGUUGUCGUCAAGUACCUUUUGUCUCCGCCCGAAAAUUUUUCACGUCGCGAAUUACUGGUAUUUUGUUGGUCUAGUAAACCACGCUAGUCUCAACCAUAUCUGUCAUUUACUAGCUGGUAGAUAAAUGACAAAAUCUACGUCGAUUUUUGAGAGCUAAUGUAUGUGACCUGUCAACCUAAUCGGACAACUCGACAGAAAACUACGUAGUUUUCAGGGCGGCGAUCGCGCAAUUAAAAAUUUCAUAUUCUCUAUUAACAGUGUGAAAUUCAUACCAUCCUACAGAUAAAAUCAAACGACCUCAAGAUCAACGAAUCAAAAUUGAUCGAAAUCGAAUUAACGUCUACAUUUGAACCUCUAAACGGUUUAUUGUAAUUCAAAUGAUUAUUUCGUCCGCAAAAGAUAUCACGUUAAAACUCCACGCACGUUCGCCGAUCAUUCUCGAUCAACAUGAUCAAGGAUGUGAUCUGUGAUAUCGUACUUCAGUAUUUGUUUCAAACAAAUACACAGCUUAUUGACGAGCUCCCGUUCCGUCAGUAAAAUUCGCAAUAUUAAAGAGAAAAAAAAUGGAAUGAAACGUUGACCGGUCUUUGUGGACUUCUUUUCAAUCUUGUUCUCCUGAGUACAACCGGAAGUUCUUAUUAGGCCGCUUUAGAAAGUCACGCAAGCGGCAAGCCCUGAGUCACAUGAUGUCAGUUUUAAACCGCAAGUUGAUAUACAAGUACAAAUGUCUGAUUAGUUGUAGUCUUCUAAACGGAAGUAAACUUGGAAUAUAUCUCAAUAUGGGAUGAAAGCUUAGAAAUAUGAAUUAAAGGCGAUUCUAUUGGACACAAAUCUGUUCUUACACAACAGCGGUGAUAAACAUUGUUAUGUAUUUCAACACAUUUUAGUAGAGAACUUAACUUUUCGUAUGCUAGUCAACAUAAAUUUUCAAAAGUGAUAAUUGCAAAUUUUUGAACCAUUUAUAUCGUAAAUAUUAGCGGGUCUGGAACCUAGACUGAGAAAAAUGAAAUGGAACAGUUAGUUAACCUGCCUAGACAUCACGAGGAGUAACAGCUAGCAAAGAAACAGCUUCUAACUACUGACAUUGACAUUUAAUGAGUAAUAUAGACUUGGGAACGAGGUUUUCCAUUUCUCGCUUGUGCAAACAGUCAGCGAAGACAAGUCUACAUAAUGAAUAAAUAGGAAAUUACACGGUGGUUUGAUGGUAUGAAAUUCAUUUUCUCGAGUUGAAAACUAUUUUUUACUCACUCGCUGGGCUCGUUCGUAAAUUGCUGUUUUUACAACUCGAAAAUAAAAUUCAUAUCUUUGCGUGCUGCCGUGUAAUAUCUUCUAUAUAUAACUGCUCGUUAGUGAAAUUUGAAUAUGGACAUGAUGGAGAACAACUUACGAAAGAGUAACUUUCGAUUAGGACCAAACUUAACUUGUGAGAAACGUGCGACUGUUUUCAAUUUCUUCACCCUCGUUUUGAUCUGGAAAAGAAGAGCCUCGUCAUAGGAAAAUACAAAAUUGUAUUUUUAUUAAGUAUCGAGCGUAAUUUUAAAAUUAAACACCUUCACAAUUUUAAGAGUCUUUUAACAGGGAUUGACUACGACGGGCAACUGUGAACAUAGCUAUAGCCUUAAUUACAUUUUUUUAGUUUAACUUUUUUUCUGUCUUACGUGUUCCACGGCAUAAGCAAGGACGGUUGAUAAUGCUGAUUUUUUUUCUCUUCCUUGCAUUUGUUCUGGUGCACGUUUGCCUUUUAUGAUAAUUUCUGCGUCACGAUAAUAGUGUACUUUGUAAAGAACCGUGCUAUCUUGCACGUCAAAGUCAGUUUAUUGCUGAAUCAUCGUCUGCUUAUGAAAUGAGCUCAAUUUCUUAUCUUUGAUUUUGUAACCACACGCUAAUUUUAUUCCUAACCGCAUUAUUAAUCACACUACGGUCUUUUGCGUACUUUUAUGGCAGGUAAUUUUUUGGUAACAUUUUUCUAUGAUAUUGCCAACAGACGCCAGCUCUUGCUCUCACGUUGUAAGACAGCCACAGUGUGUCACUUUCGAAUUCAGUAUUAUCAUGAUUAUUUGUUAAGUGAUGAAUAAUUAUGAAGCUAUACUAGAAAUUGAGUUUGCCUUCAGAGAGAUGGAAAGCUGUUUCUGUUUGGAUGGUUUCUCUUGUUUUGUUUCAACAGAAACCCGCGCAAACUGCUUUAAACCAGCUUAAACGCUGAGCAAUAGAGAAGUUGAGUUGAGUUGAAAAGAAACUUGUCAAAGAAAAGAAACAAACAAUUUAGCAAUCUAAUGCAAUAUGCGAGCGAUUUGACGAUAAACAGAAAUGACGAGGACUUGAUUAUUACCGGGAAGUAUCAACACAAAACAUAAACAGAACUCACAAAAGGUAUUCAUCCUUUCGCAAGUAAAGAUCAUUUACCGGAGCGGACGUCAUUGAAUGCUUUGUUUACGUUUUAUUGUUUCGUCAACAAUAGACUUUACUCUCGUGUGGAAUUGCUGAGAAGCUGUUAAGGAAGGUCUAUUCGAUUUACAAACUAAACAACUGACGGAAUAGAAAAAAAAAGUUGAUGUCACAGAAAAAAAAAAUCACCUAAUAGGAAUGACAAGGCAUUGUAAAUGCCCUGUUAAACACCCUCUCUCUUGCUUAUGGAUAUUAGUCGAGAAACAGACAUCACGAAACAGCGUUUUGUGUGUCAUUAAGUAUACAGAAAUUAAUUGCAGUAACAAAACCCUUUCUAUCACUGCCGUGUCACCAAGCAAUUCCAUCAUUUGCAAUACAGCUAUUUAAACGAACGGAGACCGCAUGUCAUUUGCUAUUCAUCUUUGCGUGCGUCAAACCUGAAUCAGUGAAAGAUCUCAGCUUUUCGCGUUCACAGUUCGCUCAGGCCGAGGCAUUUUUCUAUGGUGGAAAGAUUUGUUUACAUUCAGUGCGUCUUGGAAGAAGCAUUGCUGACCUAAACUUAUACGAGAUUUGUGCUCAUCUUCAAGUGCGGUGUUGGUCUUUGUUAAUUGAAUUGAACUGCCUCCGCUCUGCCUUUUGCAGUUUAUUGAAGAACUUACUUUUCGAUACUUUGCUCACCAUGCGUUGAAUCAGUAUAUAACGAAAGCGUUUUCCCGGCAUAUAACAGUGUUAUUCACGAUACGGAAACUUUGAAAGAGACCGAGCUGAAUUUCAUUAAAUCUAAUAACUGCCUUUUUCGGCUGAUUGUUGACAAUUUGUGCGUCAGUAUAUAAAGUCACGGAAAGCCUAUCCAAAAUUAGUAACGUUGCUGGUCUGGCGUUAUAACCACUCGCGUCAUUCGGUAACAAUAUUACGCGAAAAGUCUGUUUGUUUACGUAUCUGGAUCAAGAAAGCUGUUAGAACUAGCUUUCUGUUUACUGAUGUGCAGUUCGUAAAGCUAGCUACGUAAGACCAUUUCGAGCCGUCUUAUACUUCCGCCAUUUAAUAUCAUCAGACUACAGCAGUACUUGUCUAAUAUUCGUCACCGGCGCUACGUGAAGUGCCAGGUUUGUCACCUGAACGCAUCACAUUACAGCAACCUACAGUAACAGCUACAUGCAAGAACUUUGAACUCAUAUUCGGUACAGGUUCUACUAAACAGUUUCAAUCUAGGUACGGGACAAUGCUUCUAAUAACGCGAUAAUCGCGUGCACGGAUCUGGUCCAAUACGCUUCGCGAAAAAAAGGGAACGUUUUUAAGUGAGCGUUUUGAAAUCCGCGCGAAUAAGAGCAUAAAAGGAUUUCUGUGGUGAGGCAGUGUUUCUUCCAACCAUUGCAGAAGCGACGUGUCCAAUGCGUUAGGGGCUCACUUCGUUCGUCCUACACCGUCAAAUCAAAGAAUCCUUCGCCUGAUGUCACCCCUUCCUGAUUUGAUGUGUGGUAUUGAACCUUAGUGGACUAAUCUCUUCAGUUUAAUAUGGUCACGAGGAUAAGGGCUUCUACUUUCACCUACAGUGCUCCUUCUCCUGAUAUUGGUCGAAGAUCAGGCUUGAGCCGAAAACACUAUUAUGGCUCUCUUGAGGCUUUGAACAGCUUACAUUACACUGGAAGUGAGCUGGGUGAAAAUGCAGGGCGGUUCAGGAUGGAGAGUGGUGAAAUUGGGGUGCAACCAUCAAUGCUGCAGAAUGGAAUGGUUACGAGGCAAGGCAGUGGAGUUCAUCUUGAAAAUCCUGAGUUCCAAACUAGAUGGUACUUCAAGUAUUUUCUUGGAAAAGUACAUCAAAAUUUUGUUGGUAUUGAUGGAAGCAAGAGUCCUUUUGUUCUAUCUGUUUGUCUGACGGAUGCUGAAAACUAUGGUGUUCCACAAUAUCGGGCCAUUCUUUGGAGGAAAACAGGUGGUCAAAAGUUAUGCAUUCCAUAUCUACCUAACAAGCCUAUUACUCCAAAGUCAGUGCUACAAGCCUAUGGUGUAAACAAGGUUGAUAAAGGUCCCAGGGAAGUGCUGAAUCCAGAAAUACAAAAGGAAUUGCUUGUGUUGGAAGAACAAGAGGGAUCUGUUAACUUCAAGUUUGGAAUCCUCUACGCCAAACAAGGACAGACUACUGACGACGAAGUGUUCAGUAAUGUUAACGUCUCUGAAGAAUUCGAGCACUUCUUAGAGUUGAUGGGCGACAAAAUAGAACUCAAGGGUUGGCAGAAGUAUCGAGGAGGACUGGACGUUAAAAACAAUAUGACUGGCUCGCAUUCGCUUUAUACAAUUUAUGAAGGACACGAAAUCAUGUUUCACGUCUCUACCAUGUUGCCUUUCACUCCAGACAACCCACAGCAGGUGGAGCGCAAACGCCACAUUGGAAACGACAUCGUCAUUAUUGUUUUUCAAGACUGGGACGAGAAAUCGUCUUCGUUCAGUCCUCCAACAAUCAAGUCGAAAUUUGUCCACAUAUAUGCUCUUGUAUCCUACAGCAAAUCGGACGACAGUUAUCGGUUGACUGUAUUUUCCGAAAAGAAUGUGCCAAUUUUCGGUCCACCGCUUCCUUGCCCACCGGUUUUUAAGGAUCACCAGGAAUUUAGAGAUUUUCUUCUCGUGAAGUUAAUGAAUGGCGAGAAAGCUGCAUAUGGAUCGCCCACGUUCAGUAACAGACGUCAGCGUACUCUAGACAGUCUCAUAACCAGGCUCCUUCAAGAUCACAUGCAUGAGAAACUUGGCGCUCGUAAAUCCUGGAACGACGUCAUCACGGAUUCGUCUCGAGGCAAUAGCCGGAAGGGACUGGAAAGGGAACAGGCUUUCCUGCAGCUAGGACAGUCCUUGAAGCUAAAGACAAUUGUGAAAGGCGAUGCACCGACCAGUCUGGCGAGUACCUCUGGAAACGCAAAAGUUGAGCCAUGGAAGCCCCAGUGCAUUUUAGAGGAUUUUCCUACCAAAAUAUAUUGCGGUGAUUCUUGGGGUGAUAGUCUAGUACUGGGAACAGAGGAUGGCAUCCAAAUGCUUCAAGGAGAGAAACAUCGCUAUAUAUUUGACAAGUCUGUGGUCGCGAAACAAAUGAGUGUUGUGGAAGCUUUUGGGCUUCUUCUGUUCCGUGUGGACAAAGGUAAAGAGUUCCACUCGUCCAAGUUGUACGUGUUCAGAUUGACGGACUUCGAAGAGGAAGACGAAGAACCGAAGACUAGGCAGUUUUGCAAAAAUCACAGAGUAGACAAAAGCAAAGGAUGCCAUUUGUUUGCUGUAAGCCAGUCGGGUGAUGGUGAACUGAAGCUUGCAGUAGCUGUUGGGAAAAAAGUGACACUGUUACGUUGGAAGCAUCCCGUAGUAUGGAGCACAUGGUCAGUAGGAAGCAAUAAAGAUGUGGCGGAUGGAUUUGAAACAAUCAAGGAAGUUACUGUUGGGGAAGCGCCUCUUCUCAUGACGUUGGUAUUCACAAGUGCUCACGAGAGUCUUGUUUGCGUGGGUUACAAACAUCAGUUUGAACUCAUCAGCGAGUCAGGGAACGUGUCGAGAAUACACGUUAUUGACAAGCAAAAGAAGGCCACUCUUGUCUCUGCAGUUGACGUAUACGAAGAAGAAGAAUCUGAACUGCUUAUUUCGUUCAAUCAUCAAUCAAUGUUCAAGAGGUUAACAGGAGAACAGUCGUCCAACUUUUCGUUUCAGUGGAACUCGGCACCGAACUCAGUCGUUUGUGCAUUCCCUUAUCUGCUGGCCUUCACCACUAACACGAUAGAGAUACGUCUUGUCGUGAACGCAAACUUGGUUCAUACGCUGGUAUUACCCAAGGUCUGCCUCAUAUCAGCUAAGGCGGAUAUUUACUUCAGCGCGUCGCCACCCAAGUCAUCGAACCCAUCAGCUUAUACGACUGGUAGCGUUCAACCACCGUCUCCCACCGCCGUACAAGAAAAAACGUCUCUCUACAAAAUAUCGACAAUUUCUCUGAUGGGACAAUUUCUCGACCCUCCGCUCGCGGGCAAAACUCAUGACGAUGCGGUCCACGCGGUAUCAAAUACUGCUCUGGACUCAAGUGGCGAGGAAUUAAGCGUCACUAGGCAACUAAGCGAUUCUUCCCUCGAAUCACAGGACACUUUCACGGACAGGGAUAUUCCUGCUAAAGAACCCGCGAGUAGAACAAAUUCAUGCCCGCAGUCAAGAAAUGUCUCGGAACCCGUCGACCCGCGGGGUGCUGUCAAAUACUCAAGUAAUGGAACAUGGACAACGGUGUGAGAACGACUUCAUAU